AUGAUAAAAAUUGCUUGCAGAAUCCAAGAAGUUGAUGACAGUUUCUUUGAGAAAUUUGGUUCCAUAUUAAAACAAGUGUCACAGAAAGCUGCUUUAGAAGAAUCAACUCCACUUGCGCCUUUAAAAGAGGCUGAAGAACAGGAUGGUGAACAGAAAGUAAUAGCAGAAGUAGGAGAUAGUAGAAGUAUUACCAGAGAUUCUGAUAGUGGCAAUGAAACACUUCUUGAUACAGAUUCCGAACCAGAGGAUCCUGAGAAGUUCGAUUUUUAUGUUGAAGCUGUUGGAUGGAAUGUCGAUGAACUCUACUUGGAAGUGCUGUAUGAAAUUUUACACAAUGUCGGCGGAUGUGACAUAGGCUGUGAAGUGGGGAGUCAAGUGAUGCUUUCAUAUGUCCAAGAGGCGUUCAAGAUCUCAAAUGAGAAACAUACAGAACUGUUAACCCAAGCUGAGGCCAAAGAGCCCCCAGAACUGAUGCUAAAUGUUGAAGUUAUUGAGGGGAAAGAUUUAGUUCCUAAAGACCCAAAUGGGUUAAGUGAUCCCUUCGUGACAAUAUACCUCACUUCCAAUACAGCACAUAGAUAUAAUACGUCUGUUAAAGCAAGUACAUUAAAUCCUGUUUGGGAAGAACAUUUCUCACUGCCGAUGUCCGGAAAUGUUCACGAAGAUUCACUAGUGUUAGAAGUAUGGGACUUCGAUCCUGCGGAGACUGUGAAAGAGAAAAUGACGAAAAUAUUUGAGGUGAAGGGUGUAAAGGGUCUCAGAAAACUAAUGAAGGAAAUAGCCAUUACUGCGUCUACCGGCAAACAUGAUAAUGAGCUAAUUGGCACAUCCAAUAUACCACUUAAAUCAAUACCAGCUGGAGGUAUGAUAAUGUGGUUGAACCUUAGCAAGAAGAAUAAAGUACGAAGACAGGGAGUUGUGAAAGUACGGUUCAAUUUCUCGUCGGAAAAGAAUUCUCAAGUUGCUGCGCAAGAGCAUCGACAUCUGUUAAGGAUUUUAUUGCUACACGAAUUGGAAAGUUCGAAGGUGGCGCCAUUUUGGUGGUGCGGCAACUUUAGUGCUCCAGCUGAAGGCAUUUUAACUCAGCAUGCGGCACAAAGUGGAUUAACACAAAAUGAUAACCUGCUAGCACAGUGGUUAGUGUUCUGUGCGGUCACCGUGGAUCACCCACUCAGUUUUGCGCUCUUCAAUAUUUUAUUGGAAAAAAUAACCAAACCUCUACAGUCGGGUCUGGUAAAUGAAGAAGACGUCAAACUAUUCUGGGACGGUACGAAGAAACUUCUACCAACCUGUUACGGCCAUGUCAGAAAACUAAGAAAGAAGACAGCAGGCGACAAAACUGUCAUGAAAACGCUUCGUGAAGUCCUACGAAUACUCUACAAAUUGUCAUCUUUGGACAUCCCAGAGACAAUAGAGUUGUUCCCCACAAACCUUUACGGCUGGUUAAAGGAGAAUGCAGAUGGGAGUAAAUUGUCAAUGUAUGACGUUUUGCAUCAAGCGGUGAUUCAAGGGGCAUCCGAUUGGUUCGUCCAUAUUCUUGAUAAUAACGAAUGCAAGGAUAAAACGGAAGAUUCAAGGUUGCAGCAUUUGAUUCGAGUUAUUCAGUUAGUCCGGUCCGACUUGCAACGUGCAAUUGAGUACUUCGACAGAGUUUUUGUUGAAGUAAUGAGCUUUCCGUAUUCCAAAGCACUUUACGGCGUAUACGAAGAUAAAAUCGCGUCUCUGGUAGAGCCCGAGGUGUUGCAAGUGUGUAAGAGUUUAAAGCGGUUGAGGUAUAGCGAGGGGUCGAAUAACAGCGUGUAUUUGGCUGGAGGCUUAAAUGGAGAUACUGGGCUGGGCAAUCCUGACGUUGGAUCAGAACCUUUGGCCAUGGGAACUACCUUAUUCGAAUUAUAUUUGGCUUUACAGAGGUUUUUGACACUUGGCCAAGGCCUGAACGAAACAGAAUGGCAAUCCUAUUCAAUAUCUAAAUUCCACUCGUGGUUCUUCGGCGGCGUGGCUCAGUGGUUAGAUAUCGCUGCUUUUAAAGCACUCACGCGCAUCGAAAAAGCUGUAGAAUUAGACAAUUUGGUACCUGUAGAUGGAAAUGUGAAAUAUAGUAGUUCUGGAGUAGAUACGUUGGCUAUUUUCUAUCAGAUCAAAAUAUUCUGGCAACAGCUGGCCUGGCCUGAUGUGGAAGGAUGUUAUACGUUUGUGGCCAAAAUUGUUGAUGACAUCUGUCGAUGUUGCGUAUUUUAUUCUGACAAAAUGGCAACCCGCGUUGAAAGCGUUGGAACGAUUAGCACAGUAUAUGAAGAGCGAUUUGAAGUUACCACAGAGUGGUGUGUUGCCAUAAAUAAUAUAGACUAUGUGAGACAAAGUCUUACGCCAUUUGUUGAGGAAUUGGGAAUGGAUGAGAUCAUACAGAAAAUGUGUGAAUCUCGAUCGCCGUUGGAAGCGCAGAGGUGUAGAGACACCCUGCAUAAUGUUAUAGCGAAUGCAAUAGAUACUGUCAAAAAUAAAAUUGUCGAACUCCUUGAAGUCAUGAUAAAGAAGAUGAUGCCCUCAAUUACUCGUUUCCUAAUGGAAGGUGCUGAACUCCUUCAUCAAGACUGCUCUAGCAUGGACCGUGUCAUGCGAUACCUCGAAGCCAACCUCGAUACAUUAUACCAGCACUUAAAUAAUGAGAACUUCUCACGAACCCUCGAUAUUGUAUGGGAACAACUAGGAGAGGUCUUAUAUGAAUUGAUACAGGCUAAUUUGGAGCACCGCGGGGCAAAGAUAACACGGUAUAUCAACCCGAGACGGCUGACUAAAUCGGCAGCUGCCAACUUAGACUCGAAACGUCGACCACCCGCGUUCUUUUCAAAUCUCCACGAAUGUCUCAAAAUAAUGGUCCGAUCGUUCCGGCAAGAUAACAAGGAGAUCUAUACCUCUGAUACCUUGAAGCGAGUGGAGUAUUUACUCAAGUUACACGGUAUGGAGACCAGGGAACUGAUCCACCAGUACCAUUUAGAAAGAUGGCAGGAGCAACAGACCGUUAGUGAGCCAAAGAUGGGAAUGUUGACCGUGCGAGCGCAAUUCAUUGAUAACAAUCUCAAGAUCGAGAUCAUGAAUGCUAGGAAUUUGAUGCCCACGGAUUCUAACGGUUUAUGUGAUUCGUAUGUUCGAGUCGCGUUAUUACCAGAGGACACAUUUGUAAAUGUUGAAAAACCAAAGACACAAACACAUAAUAAGAAUCUCUUCCCGUUGUAUGACGAAAUGUUCGUUAUCUCCCUUUCGCCAGAGCAGCGUAACACACAGGACGGUCUGUUACACUUCGUAAUAAAGGAUAAAGACAUGUUCAGUGUUAGCAAUACGUUCGUUGGCGAGGCGUACGCACACUUCAGUGAAGUGCCCGAUACGCCUGCCCCCAUAUCCAGCCUCCCGCAACAACAUUUGCCGCUUUCGAGACCCAGUAAUAUUGACGGUGACGCCAUCAAGGCCCUGGAGUCCAGACAAGGAGACAAACAAGCACGCGAGUUCAUAAAGAAACAAAGACAGAAAAUGCCAAGUAAACAGUUUUUCUCAUUAGGUUGA